AUGGCCCAUGUCCAGGUCACAACCCGCCGGGUCUAUCGGCGGACAGAUGACUACACCCCGAAUAAAUCGAGGGUGAAGCUCGUGACUGAAGAUCUACCGCUUCCACUCGCUGCGACCUCGGUGCUGAUCAAGGUGCAUGCCGUCUCUCUCAAUUACCGAGACGCCAAUAUCGCCAACGGCGGCAACCCGUGGCCGGUCACGCCACAUGGUAUACCGUGCAACGAUGCGGCUGGGGAGGUCAUAGCCGUUGGUGAAGGGGUGAGAACGUUGCAGGUUGGAGACAGGGUCGCGCCCAUCAUCGACACCGAGAACUUGACUGGCCGAGAAUCAAAAAGGUCUUGGUUAGCAGCCGACGAGGACGGAGUUCUGGCCGACUAUCUGGUCUUCAGUGAAGAGAAACUGACGAGGUUGCCGAAGCAUCUUGACUGGGUGCAAGCCUGCCUGAUUCCCUGCGCCGGAGUGACUGCGUGGACUUCUCUGCUAGGGAUUGGUAUUGGAAAGAGCGUCUUGAUCCAAGGCACCGGCGGCGUUGCCAUGAUCGCACUAAAACUUGCUCGAACGGCCGGACUCAAGGUGAUUCUAAGCUCUUCGAGUGACGCCAAACUAGAGAGGAUGAGGAAGCAGUUCUCAAACCCGCCGCUUCUCACCGUCAACUAUGCGACGAACCCCCAGUGGCACGAAGAGGUCCUGAAACUUACCGAUGGCACAGGCGUUGAUCUAGUUGUCGAAAUUGGCGGCACUCAAACCUUGGUGAAGAGCAUGAAAUGUACGCGGCGAGGCGGGACCAUCAGCCAAGUCGGGUACCUGAGCAAGCAGAACCUCGAUGACCUGGCGGAGUUUAUUCCCCUUCUCAUCGAUCGCAGAAUCAUCUUAAGGGGAAUCAAUGCCGGAUCGAGACUCGAGCAGGAGGAUCUUUGCGCUGCUUUGUCAGCGACGCAAAUGCGCUUCGACGACAUUAUCGACAAGGUCUAUGAUUUCUCUCAGGCUGACGAGGCAAUUGAAGAUAUCUGGCAAGGUAGACAAGUUGGGAAGCUCGUGAUUCAAAUAAGAUGA